AUGGCUUCCAACUCGUCCAUCAAGCUUUUUAUGUUUCUUGCUGCUUUGGUUCUCGCGGCCAUGGUUUGCGCCCUGGAUGUUACAGAGGGUCUUGGCAAUGUCUACGAUGAUGACCACCUGCUGGGUAUUCCUACUUUUGAUGAACCUCGCGCUUUGCUCCCCCGCGGUGGAUUCGUAACCGUUACUGUUACAGACACUGUGUGUGCUUCUCCUCCGCCCGUGGCCACCACUUCUCAAAGCACGGGUACCACCCCUGGAGCCCCGGGUGUUCCCCCAGCCCCUACUGUAACCACCGUUUCUGGGACUACUGUGGUGACUGGUACUGCUCCUACUGGUGCUGGCUCAACUGUAGUUGGCCCUGUCACCACUGCGACUGGAACGACUCAAUCGACUGGAACACAAAGCAGUCCUUCUAUCGGAACUCUUUCCCCUUCAGUCUCCACGAAGUCUUCUAGCAUAUCCAGUACUGCUCAUCCAACUAUCUCCCAGUCUACAGGGCAAGCUGGUACCACUGCCACUGGCAGUGGCAGUCAAACAUCUACCGUUGCCCCGACGUCCAAUGAAGCGGUUGUGCAGGGAAGAAUGAGCAACCGCCCUUUGGCAUUGUAG